UCGCUCGCCAUCUCUCCUGUGCUCUCUCACCACCGUUGUUGCUUCUGCGUUUCUGUCCAGCAGCGAUGUCGUCGUGCGCCGGCGAGACCGGCCUGGUGGUGUGGUGCUGCUGUCCGUGCCUGGUGUUGCAGGUCACCGUCUUCCUCCUCGUCCGGCUACCCAGGAAGGUGGUCGUGAAGACCAAGAGGAUCAUCCUGAGGAGACGGCACAGGAGGAGGCCGCCGGCGCCAUCAAACGCGGCCGCCGGGCUGAAGAUGGACGACCUGCUGGACCUGGAUGACGACGGCUUUGGAGCCGCGUUUGGGGUCGGAGAGGAGGACGUCGGCGGCGGCGGCGGCGGCGACGGCGACGGCGACGACAGCGCCAACGAUUGGAAAGGGAGGUGGUGUUUCGCUGUCGUCAGAGACGACGGCGUGUGGGAGGCGAUCAUUGAGCAAGAAGGGCUCUUCUGGUUCGGGAGCUUUUGGGGCCAGCGGGAGCAGGAGCGGUCGGCUCCUGAAGGCGAGGAUCGGAUGGGUGGAAGCUUCAGGCUGCCUGUGGCGUUAGAGCGGUCAAAUGCAUGUACGUAACGUCGAAAUGCCAGUAAAUGUAUGUUCACGGCAGGCCGAGCAAUAUCACCAGUGUUCUGGGGACUAGGCGAGUGCCUGUCCGUUGCAACGGAAACAUAUAAUA